CACAGAGAAGAGAGAAUACUCGAAAGAAUCUCGAUUCGUUGGCUGUCGCUGACAUUGACAGUAAUCGUCUGGUCUGGGUUCUGUGUGUAUAUCGUGUUUAAAUGACGAGCUUGAAAUUGUAAAUUGUACCCGUGGAGAGCCAUGAUAUCGCGCGCGGAAAACAUUGUGCACGCAGAGGAGAAAUGAGUCGAAUCACGUCGUGACGUUUCAAGGGAUUUUCGUGCUCGACUCGAAUAACGCUCGAGGUUAACUUCCGCCGGGGACCCGCGUAUCCAAAUGGUCACAAUCUCGCGUUAUAACCUACGCCGUAGGUAUAUGCAAUCCUAACAUCAGCUGAUGAAUUCGAUGUAACUGCGCGCACGACAGCCGGAUUUUCAAAUAUUUCGUUUCCCACGACUCACCGGACAGGAAACGUCGCGAUGGCAGACCUCGCCUUGGGGGAGCUCAGCGGCGAUCAAACCGAGAAAGUACUACAGUUUCAGGAUCUUACCGGCAUUGAAGAUCUCUCUGUAUGCAGAGACGUUUUGCAGAGGCACAACUGGAACUUGGAAGUGGCAGUUCAGGAGCAAUUAAAUUUAUACGAAGGUAGACCAUCUAUGUACGCACAGGACUCACGUGCCCGCCCACCCCAGGUCGUAGAUGACAGUAGUUCAAGAAUUUAUUUUAGUUACCCUGGAAGCUCCGGGGGAGGCGGUGGCCUCUUAUCCUAUAUUUUUUCAAUGUGUUACAAUCUAGUGAGCAGUAUAUUACAACUGCUUUUUGCAAUAUUUAAGAGAAACGUUAGACCUGUGUCCUCUGAUCCAGUGGAAGAUGUAGUCAACUUUAUUAGAGCUUAUGAGGAACGUUAUGGUAACACUCAUCCAGUAUUUUAUCAAGGCUCCUACAGCCAAGCUCUUUCGGACGCAAAACAAGAAUUAAGAUUUUUAUUGGUAUAUCUGCAUAAAGAUGAAGCACAGGAGGUCGACCAAUGGUGCAGAAAUACAUUAUGUGAUCUAGAAGUGAUACGAUAUAUAAAUACGCAUACUUUAUUCUGGGCAUGUAACGUUAAAUCUGGAGAAGGUUACAAAGUUGCGGAAGCACUUAAAUCAGGUUCAUAUCCCUUCUUAGCGUUUAUCGUAUUAAAGGACAAUAGAAUGACAAUAGUCGGUCGAUUGGAAGGCGCACCAUCUCCCGCUGAUUUAAUGUCACGGUUGCAAACUAUCAUAGAUCGUAAUGAAAUUAAUUUGAUCCAAGCACGUCGAGACAGGGCAGAACGUAGCGCAGCACAAUCGCUUCGGCAGCAACAAGAUCGCGCUUACGAGGAGUCAUUACGUGCGGACCAGGAAAAAGAUCGUAGAAGAGAGGAGGAACGAAGAGCACGUGCAGAGCAAGAGGCCCGAGAGAAGGAAGAGUUAAACGCUCAAGAGCAGGAAAUUCAACGUAUACGUAUUGAAAAAGAAUUGACUAUUAGCAAAGUGCCUCUCGAGCCAGAACCAUCUAAUCCUAAUGCGUGUCAUCUUCAAAUUAAGUUUGGAGAAAGAACGAUGAAGAGAAGAUUUCUUAUGACUAAUACAGUCAAGGACGUUUAUCAUUGGAUAUUCAGCCAACCGGAUUCUCCAGCGAGUUUCGAGAUAACAACGAGCUAUCCCAAAAGAGUCCUCUAUCCUUGCAGAGAUAUCUUGACUUUGUUGGAUGCCGGUUUAACUCACAGAGAGGUCCUUCAUGUCAACGAUCUAGACGACUAAUAACGAUUAUUUCGAUAUGACAUUCUUCAAGUUUUGGUAUCAUUCCACAGAAAAAAUGAUACUGUUAUGAAAGACAAUGAAAGAGACAUAAGUUCAUGCAGCAUAAACACACACACACACACACACACACACACACGCAUUUGAUACAUUCUAGUACUUUAUGUGAGGUAUACUUUAUUGAAUGAAAAAUAUAAUUAUACGAAAUAUACCAAAAAAAUAGGAAUCAAAAAAAGGGGGCAAAAAGGUUUAUAAAUGCAGCUUAUUUAAAUUAACAAUCAGUACUUUGACCAUCGCAUUUACUGAUAAAUGCAUUUUGUGUAGUAAAAAAUGAAAUAAUAGAUAGGAAUGUAUUAAAAUUUUUUGAGUAACAAAAUAAUCUCACAAAAAAUUUGUACAACAAGCUAUUUCUUUUAUAUCUCUUCCGACACCAAAAAAUUGGUGUCAAUAAGAACAAUGAUAUAUUAUGCAUUACGAGUGAGUUUCGACGCUUGAACAAUUUCAUGUGAUCAGAUCACUCACUAUAACAUUGUCCACAUAUUUCCCUCUAUACGAAAUUUGAUAUAAUAAAAAAUGUGUAAGAGGGAA